AUGGAGAAGGGGCUGCAGCUCCUGUGCGCCGCGCUCGCCCUGGUCCUCGGCGCGGCCGGCGCUUUUCGCAACGAUAAGUGUGGCGAUACUAUAAAAAUUGAAAGCCCUGGGUACCUUACAUCUCCGGGUUAUCCUCACUCUUAUCACCCAAGUGAAAAAUGUGAAUGGCUGAUUCAGGCUCCGGACCCAUACCAGAGAAUUAUGAUUAACUUCAACCCUCACUUCGAUUUGGAAGACAGAGACUGCAAGUAUGACUAUGUGGAGGUCAUCGAUGGAGAAAACGAAAAUGGACGUGUAUUGGGAAAGUUCUGUGGAAAGAUCGCCCCUUCUUCUUUCGUGUCUUCAGGGCCAUUUCUCUUUAUCAAAUUUGUCUCUGACUAUGAGACACACGGAGCAGGAUUUUCCAUACGUUAUGAAAUUUUUAAGAAAGGUCCUGAAUGUUCCCAGAACUACACAACGCCUAGUGGGGUAAUAAAGUCCCCCGGAUUCCCUGAAAAAUAUCCCAACAGCCUAGAAUGCACCUAUAUUAUUUUUGCACCAAAGAUGUCAGAGAUUAUUCUGGAAUUUGAAAGCUUUGACCUGGAGCCUGACUCGAAUCCUCCCGGGGGGAUGUUUUGUCGCUAUGACCGGCUAGAAAUCUGGGAUGGAUUCCCUGAUGUUGGUCCCCACAUUGGGCGAUACUGUGGGCAGAAGACACCAGGUCGAAUCCUCUCGUCGUCCGGCAUCCUGUCCAUGGUGUUCUACACGGACAGCGCCAUAGCCAAAGAAGGCUUCUCGGCAAACUACAGUGUCCUGCAGAGCAGUGUUUCAGAAGACUUCAAAUGUAUGGAAGCUCUGGGCAUGGAAUCUGGAGAGAUCCACUCUGACCAGAUCACAGCUUCUUCCCAGUACAGCACCAACUGGUCUGCUGAACGCUCCCGCCUCCACUAUCCUGAGAAUGGGUGGACCCCGGGAGAGGAUUCCUACAGAGAGUGGAUUCAGGUAGACCUGGGCCUUCUGCGCUUUGUCACUGCUGUCGGGACACAGGGAGCCAUUUCAAAGGAAACCAGGAAGAAAUACUACGUCAAAACUUACAGAAUAGACAUUAGCUCCAACGGGGAAGACUGGAUCACCAUUAAAGAAGGAAAUAAACCUGUUAUCUUUCAGGGUAACACCAACCCCACAGAUGUUGUGAUUGGAGUUUUUCCCAAACCCCUGAUCACUCGAUUUGUCCGAAUCAAACCUGUGACCUGGGAAACUGGCAUCUCUAUGAGAUUUGAAGUCUAUGGCUGCAAGAUAACAGAUUAUCCUUGCUCUGGAAUGCUGGGCAUGGUGUCGGGACUUAUUUCCGACUCCCAGAUCACAGCGUCCAAUCAAGGGGACAGGAACUGGAUGCCUGAGAACAUCCGCCUGGUGACCAGCCGCUCGGGCUGGGCACUGCCCCCGGCCCCCCACCCGUACGUGAACGAGUGGCUGCAGGUGGACCUCGCUGAGGAGAAGAUUGUGCGGGGAGUCAUCAUUCAGGGGGGCAAGCACCGGGAGAACAAGGUGUUCAUGAGGAAAUUCAAGGUCGGGUACAGCAACAACGGCUCCGACUGGAAGAUGAUCAUGGAUGACAGCAAGCGCAAGGCCAAGUCUUUUGAAGGCAACAACAACUAUGAUACACCUGAGCUGCGGACCUUUCCACCCCUUUCCACACGGUUCAUCAGGAUCUACCCCGAGAGAGCCACUCACGGUGGACUGGGGCUGCGAAUGGAGCUGCUGGGCUGUGAGGUGGAAGCACCUACAGCUGGACCGACCACUCCCAACGGGAACCUGGUAGAUGAAUGUGAUGACGACCAGGCCAACUGCCACAGCGGAACAGGUGAUGACUUCCAGCUCACAGGUGGUACCACUGUGCUUACCACAGAGAAGCCAACCGUGAUAGACAGCACUAUACAGUCAGAGUUUCCAACAUAUGGUUUUAACUGUGAGUUUGGCUGGGGUUCUCACAAGACAUUCUGUCACUGGGAACAUGACAAUCAUGUGCAGCUCAAAUGGAGUGUGUUGACCAGCAAGACGGGACCGAUUCAGGAUCACACAGCAGGAGAUGGCAACUUCAUUUACUCCCAAGCUGAUGAAAACCAAAAGGGCAAAGUGGCUCGCCUGGUGAGCCCCGUGGUUUAUUCCCAGAACUCUGCCCACUGCAUGACCUUCUGGUAUCACAUGUCUGGUUCGCACGUGGGCACGCUGAGGGUCAAGCUGCGCUACCAGAAGCCAGAGGAGUAUGACCAGCUGGUCUGGAUGGCCAUCGGACACCAAGGGGAUCACUGGAAAGAGGGGCGUGUCCUGCUCCACAAAUCUCUGAAGCUUUACCAGGUGAUUUUUGAGGGUGAAAUCGGAAAAGGCAACCUUGGCGGGAUUGCGGUGGAUGAUAUUAGCAUCAAUAACCACAUCCCUCAAGAGGACUGUGCAAAACCAGCAGAUCUGGAUAAAAAGAACCCAGAAAGUAAAAUUGAUGAAACAGGGAGCACGCCAGGCUACCAAGGCGCGGGAGAAGGUGAUGAGAACAUCUCCAGGAAGCCAGGCAACGUGCUGAAGACCCUGGACCCCAUCCUCAUCACCAUCAUCGCCAUGAGCGCCCUGGGUGUCCUCCUGGGCGCCGUCUGCGGGGUGGUGCUGUACUGUGCCUGUUGGCACAACGGGAUGUCAGAACGAAACUUAUCUGCCCUGGAGAACUAUAACUUUGAACUCGUGGAUGGCGUGAAGUUGAAAAAAGACAAACUGAACCCACAUAGUACUUACUCGGAGGCAUGA